AUAUGAUUAGUUUUCAGACACAUCAUCGUUCAUAAAGUUCACUAUUUAAAUAAUUAACUUUUUUAUAUUUUAAACAUUAAAGGAAUAAAUUAAAAUGGAUGUGAAAGAGCUUCGUUUCAAUGGUGAUCAUCAAAAUCAUGAAAAUGGACUGUCGGAUCAAAGCGCGUCAUUAGCCGAUGAUAAAGGAAAAACCACUAUGAGCGACGAAUGUUAUGUGAAUAAAGGAUUUAAUGAUUCAAACAGCUUAAAAGAAGAAUUUUCCAAUAAGAUUGAGGUAGAUUCAAAUCAACUUUCUAAAAGUAUGAUUAUAACUUCUGAUGGACCUUUAUUGACAACGCAAGAUGGGUACAUUAAUAAUGCAUUUGAAGAUGGACCUCAGAAAGCAGAAAAGGAGACGGUGCCACGGGCACAUAACGUCACUGCUAUUGCUUCCACUACAAUAGAGAGCCAAAUUACAAAGCUGGAUGAAGACGAUAAUGGGGUGGUGGCCAUUAAUUUGGAAACGAAAGAAAAGAAGCGGAAAGUACAACUUGUCGGAUGGGAUUCAAAUAAGAGCAUAAUUUUAUUGGGUUUAGUAUUAGCUUUUGAUGCAUGGGCAGCAAUAUUUGUUUGUUUCAAAACAAACUUAUUCCAUGAUAUUUUUAAAUAAAUUAGUGUUGCGAUUAAAUGUAUCAA